CACUUCUCGUAUUCGAACAGAGUAAUAAGAUGGCUAGCAAGAAGCGGAUACUGUAUGUGGGGGGUUUAUCUGAGGAAGUUACUGAAGAGGUCUUGCAGGCAGCCUUCAUACCUUUCGGAGAAAUAUCUGACAUUAACAUGCCGAUCGAUUACAAAACGGGCACGCACAGGGGCUUCUCUUUCCUUGAGUUUGAGUUACAAGAGGACUCCAAUGCUGCUGUAGAUAAUAUGCAUGAAGCUGAAUUGUAUGGGCGUACUAUUACAGUUAACCAUGCCAAAGAUAAGCAGUUGAACGAACGGUCCAUGAAGCCCGUCUGGAGUGAGGAGAGCUGGCUGCAGAAACACGGCGAGAACGCGACUGAGGUCGACGACGGACAAGCAACACUGGAGAAUGGCGAGGCGAUGGCGGUAGACAGGGCAUCCGCAGACAAAGCCUCUGACGACCAGACCUCAGAAGGACGCAAUCCCAUCGUUUUCUUGGACAUGUCCGUAGGUGGUAAGGCCGUUGGGCGUAUUACUAUAGAGCUGCGCAAGGAUGUGGUACCCAAGACGGCUGCCAACUUCCUGGGCUUGUGCACACACAGCAAGGGAUACGGCUACAGGGGCAGCACGUUCCAUAGGGUUAUACCCCAGUUUAUGCUGCAGGGAGGCGAUUUCACCAAGCACAACGGCACGGGUGGCAAGUCGAUCUACGGUGGGAAGUUCGACGAUGAGAACUUUACGCUUAAGCACACGGGCCCGGGUAUCUUAUCGUGCGCCAAUUCUGGUCCAAACACCAACGCCUCACAGUUCUUCAUUUGCACGGAAAAGACUGACUGGCUGGAUAACAAGCACGUGGUGUUCGGUAAAGUGGUGCAAGGGAUGGAUGUGGUCCGAAAGAUUGAGGCCGUGGGUUCGCAAAGCGGCAAGACGACCAAGAAAGUGGUUGUAGAGGACUGUGGUAAACUCUAGGCCAGGACAACAGAGGCUGGUGAUAGAUAUUCAGUCCCUUUUAUUAUUAGUGUAUCUCAGGCGCCGAUAAAACUAGGUGGCUGUCGCGGACUAGACAGGGAGAAUGGGGACUGGUACGGGAUAGUUUGUCAUUCGAUGGUUGAUCUCAGAUGUAUUUGAAUCGCUGGUCAUAAGCGCGUAGCUCGAUUUGGCCUGGAGAUCCAGGUACCAGAAUAUACGUAUCCGGAAUAUACCAUGCAUGCUUGUGAGUGCUUGGGGUAGACGCACACAGCGCUUUCACAGAGUGGUGUGGUACAUCACCAAAUAUGUGACAGCCCAGAGGCAACAGCUGUUGGCAUUCCUCAGUGUUCGUGCCGUCCUGAACGCGUGGCGUGGGAUCAGUUGCUUACUCAUGGUAUGCGAUCGAGUACGAGUGGAGUGUGAUAUGUAGCACUGCGCGCAGGCGGGAGCAUAGCAGGAAUGUGAUGGAGCAAGACAGGAAUGCACCUGCUCUGUGGUCUUACCUGGAGGCGGAGUGUGGUAGAGGUAACCGAACUACCCGGCUCUCAACUAUGAUGUGUUCCAAUUGAGGUGCAGCUAUGCGGAGAUAAUGAACAGUUGCCAUGGUUGCUAUUCGACUUACACUGGGCUGCAGAUCAUGGUUUGGCCCAGAUCGAACUACCUAUUGCACUAGCCCUUGGAGUAGAGCGUGAACAGUUGCCAGGGAAUCUAGUCUGGUCUGAACUAGUGGAGUCCACGCGUGUACGGAUCCGCCUCUCUUUAAGGCAAGUGAGAACGUGCGUUGUUACAGAGUCUUAGACCUUUGGUCUGUAGUACUCGUUGGCUCGGCAUUCUCGGCACAGAAGAGACAUAAGAGGAGAGAUGUACCUGCGUGUAAGUCAAUUCUGAUUGGACAUGUCAGUGCAUCUCCUGCCCGAUAAGUGUUACCAGGCAGGCUUCUUGUGAAAAACCUUAAACCCUAAAACCCUUCUUGAGAUAAAGCUAUCUGAGGGCGCUGGGAUCAGUAGAGAUGUAUGGAUGCGUAUGCGGUGGUACUCAAUUUUCUUGUGUUUGUAGCACUUAUUCUACACACUGGCAACCCAUUUGUGUCCGGGUGUUUACUCGUGUCACAUCGGUUGAGACAGGCUUGGUGAGAAAACGUACCAGGACUCUACCGGUUUUGUUCUCCACUACUAAUCUAGGUUUGGACGAGAGAAAAUGUACCAGUACGUUUAUACGUUUUACUACUUUAUUGCAUCCAUAACACGUCUAGUACCCCCCCCCCCCCCUCCAACGCGGUUCGUUAACCGUUUCUGUGCACUACUUUUCGGCACUCUCCGCCCGUAACCGGCGACUCAACACAGACUCCUUCAUGGCAUCCUGGAAGUAGUAACCAAUGGCAGUGGUGAUGGACAUGGAAUGAGUUAGUAGGUAUGAUAUGAGCUUAGAAAUUAAUGGCAUUAAACAUACAUGGUCAAUGA